CCCCGCCCGGACGAGGUGGAGAAGAGAGACAGAAGGAGGGAACAGAACAGAAGGGCCGCUCAGAAGUUCCGGAAGAAAAAGAAAGAGCGAGGAGAGCAUCUCUAUGAAGAGAGCCAGCGACUCGAGUAUCACAACUCAACUCUACGAUCGGAGAUCAAACAACUGCACGAGGAGCGGGACCAACUCACUCGCAUCAUCCGCAGCCACGCCAGCAUCUGUCCUCUCACCCCUCGGCAAAGCCCGCUGACGGUUCCACGAGAGAGUCCUUUACCCCAGCAGAUCAUCAGGGAGAGUCCGAUUCCCUUAGCCCCGCCCCGAGUCGGGCUUGUGUCGCCCAGUCCCACACUCGUAGCCCCGCCCCCUCCCUCUCUGGUAUCACCGAGCCCCACCCUCGCUCCAGGCCCGCCCACUCUGGUGUCUCCCAGUCCGAUCUUGGUUCAAAGUCCCGCUCUCCUAGUCCCGCCAACACGCGAGAGCCCCGUACCUCUCCUUAUCAUCAACCCCAGCCCGAGAGAGAGCCCUUGUCACAUGAUCUCCCCGCGACUCCCCAGGAAAAGCCCCGUGGCCUUGCUCAGGCCCAACCCAAGCCUCGCCCCUUUGGCUGACAAGUCCUCCGAAAAGAGUAGCUCCUCAGCUCCGUCAGGAUCUCCGCCAAAACAGAGCAAAUCCUCUGCUUCCCCUCGUCUCUCCGGACCAAAGCCUGUCAUCCCGAUCUUACCCAAACCUGCCAGCUCCCCGAAAACAAUACGCUCAUUCAUCACCUCUCCUUUACCCCGCCCCAUCACCUCUCCAUUGCCUAAACCAAUUAUCUCCCCCUCACCCCGCCCCAUCAUCUCCCCACUACCCCGCCCCAUCAUCUCCCCACUACCCCGCCCUAUUAUCUCCCCCUUGCCACGCCCCCUGACAUCUCCAAAGACACCGAAGGGCGGAGCCAUCACGAGCCCUCUUCCAAUCGCACAGAGCCCUGUAUCUGUAGGAGGCAGGGCCAUCCAUCAAAGCCCCGUCUUCUUCAGCGACAGUUGUUUCUCGCCAUCCACACGACCACUCCCGACCAACCCGAGUCCCGUGUCCUUCACGGAUCGCGUAUCCGGGAGAAGAUCCGUUCACCAAAGCCCAGUAUUCUUCUCCGAGAAGCCACCCAACGGUCUGGCCAGUACCGUCAACUCGGCCAACUCCUCGUUGGGCGGAAGUGUCAGCAAAUUCCGACAUACCUCAUCCACCUCGUCCUCCGGCUCUUCCUCCUCCUUGGCAUCGCUUCUCAGACAGGAAAGUCCCUUGUCUGUUCUCAGCAACAGCAGUGUUGGAUCUUGCAGCAGCGUCUUCCUCAGCAACAGCGGUAACUUCAACAGCAACAACAACAAUAGCAACAACAACAACAACAAUAGCGGCAGCAUCAGUAGUAACAGCAUCUCGAACAACAUGUGUGUUGAUGUCUGUAAUCCGAAUAAUAACAACAGCGGAGCAAUGAACACGAACAAUGAUGACGUCAUCGAAGACGCGUUGAUUAGCGAAGACCUCGUCCAUCAAUGCGCAGACGCGCUCAGCACUUCGGCCAACAAUUUUACCUCAAGUGAAUUCCGAGAAACCAACUCGGUCACUCCUGUCAACGUUUGGGGAAGCUCCAACAUGGUACCUUCCAACAACGAUUUAGGCUGCGCUCAAACACACAACACUACAGAAAGCACCAUCGUUAAGAACUUUUUGACUAUGAGCAACAACAACAACACCAACAACAAUAAUAAUAAUCACAAUCAUAACAAUUUUAAUAACAACAACAAUAAUGUUAAUAAUAACAACAACAACAACAAUAUCAUCUCAUCCAACAACAAAGCGGGUAACUGCGAAGAUGCACUCUCAUCCUUCGGCCUGGUGACGCCGCGGCAGAUUCAAGGGCUAGGUCAAGGUCACCUAUCAAACCAACUCUCAGGUCAGUUUCACAAUAUCUCUGCUCAAGGUCAGACGUCUGCUGAAAAUCAACAACGCGAUCUGCUCGGUGGUCAGAGUCAUUUCCAGGCUCCGCAACAGCAGCAGCAGCAGCAGCAGCAGCAGCAACAACAACAGCAACAACAACAACAACAGCAACAACAACAGCAGCAACAGCAGCAACAGCAGCAACAGCAGGAACAACUUAUGAAUGGACUCGGAGGAAACCCUGAACAGACGUAUCAGCAAACACAUCCGCAGAUGCAGCAGCAACAACAUCAACAACAUCAACAACAUCAGCAAACGCUUCAUCAAUUGCAGCAGCAAACACACCAACAGACACAUCAACAAACACCCCAACAGACGCACCAGCUGACACACCAACCAACACACCAACCAACACACCAGCAAACACACCAACCAACACACCAACAAAAACACCAACCAACACACCAACAAACACAUCUACAGACACAUCAACAAACCGGACAGAGUGGCCUUCACCCUUCCUUCUCCCGCCCCCUGCCACCGUGUUUAGACGCGGAGGAUAACACACUUUCCUUGGAGGAGAUUGAAAGAAGCGCAGAAAUAUGUGAAAAUAGUGCGGAUCUUCUCGACCUCAUAGACAUACAGACUCUUCUGGAGCUGUCAGCUGAGCAUAACAAUGGCGGCAGUCUGUCGCCUCAAGGAAAUGGAGGAGCCGUCAGUUCGUCGAUCUCGAGAGCUGAGGCCAUUAGUUGUUGUAAUAACGAUAGCAUGAGCAACAUCGACGCAACAGAUGAUCUUUUAGCUUUCCACAGUCCGAUGGAUCUUCUACCGACUCCUCCUGCCCAGCAGAUGUGUGGUGUUGGGUUGGACUCGAUGGUUCACCGGUACAGCCAGCAGUAA